GUUGCAAUGUAUCUUUGCCGAGUCCUUGGGCUGAGAAACUAUAUAAACCGAGUGUUUAUAAUUGGCCAGGCUAGCCGCUAGGAUUUUUAACCAGGUAGGAUGUCGUUCUACGUGCUCGCCCUAUUUUGCGCUACCGCGUUUGUGCUCACCGCGGCUCAGGAUUUCGAGCUUCCUGUGCAAACUUGCAAGCGUGAUUCAAGUGACUAUUCAUCUUGUUUGAGACUUGCGAUACAAGAAGCAUGGCCAAACUUUAUCCCAGGUAUCCCGAAAAUCAAUUUGCCAACUUUGGAUCCACACUUUAUCGACUAUGUAAAAAACGAGUUCGGAACUAAAGAAAUACGCGCGGACAUAACAAUCGCAAAUGUUCACACUUAUGGACUUGCCAAGGCUCAAUUCUUGGCUGUAAGACCGCAGCAUUCCGAAAACUACUUCAAAUUGGAACUUGAUGUCGAUUUGCCAAAGAUGUUUGUAGAGGGUAAUUACAAGGCGAAUGGAUCUGUGGGAUCGUUUCAAAUUGGCGGCGAAGGAGCCUUUAACGUUAGCAUGGAAGACAUUAAAUCUACUUGGUCUAUGGAAGGACCCGUAACUAAUGAUAAAUGGACAAUCGAACAUGUCCAUUUAAAUCCGCAAGUUGGGAAGAUGCGUGUCUGGUUUAGUGAUAUGUUCAGUGGUAACGAGGAACUUAGUACUGCUCGUCUGGGAUUUUUAAUUGUAAGCAGAAUGUCGUUCUGCAAACUUGCCCUAUUCUGUGCUACCGCGUUUGCGCUCGCCGCGGCUCAAGAAAUAGAGCUUCCUGUCACAACCUGCAAGCAUGAUGCAGAUGACUAUGCGUCCUGCUUAAAAGCUGCGAUAAUAGAAGCGUGGCCGAAAUUCGUCCAAGGUAUUCCGAGUAUUGGUAUACCAGUUUUGGAUCCGUACUUUACCGAAGAGGAGAGAAUCGUGUAUGAUACUGAAGAAAUAAAAAUGGAUAUAAAAGUCACAAAUGCUAAGACCCACGGACUUACAAAAACUGAAUUAUUAGCUGUGAGACCAUAUUAUUCUGAUAAUUUCUAUAAAUUGGAGUUAGAUAUAGCUGUGCCGAAUAUGCUUAUGGAGGGUGAAUUCAAAGCAGACGGAAGUGUGAAAGCGUUCCACAUAGGCGGCGAAGGAAUGUUCAAUAUUAGCAUGGAAGAUAUUAAAGGAUCGUGGAUAAUAGAAGGCGGGGUAGCAAACGAUAGAUGGACAAUCGAACAUGUCUAUAUAAAUCCGGAAGUCGGAAAAAUGAAUAUCUGGUUCAGUGAUAUGUUCGAUGGUAACUCUGAACUCACCGAUGCCGCCAUGAAAUUCGUUAACGAAUAUUGGCCGACCUUGUAUCGUCAGAUGCUGCCAAUGCUUGCGAAGAACUGGGACGAGCAUCUUACUGAGAUGCUUAAUCGUAUAUUCUCAAAGGUAUCCUUCUCGAAAACGUUCCCUUGAGACCUUUGAAGAUGCGUUUCUUUCUCUGCUAUGACACGUACAUAGCGUAGUAUGAUCGAAGGAGCGUUGAAUUUGGAAUAUUUUGAGCGACUGCUUAAAGUCGAAAGUAACUAAAAUUUUUUUAUUAAAAAUCUGUGAACAUCCCGGCGUAAUAAGUUUUUUUCUUUUCUCACCGUGCAUACUCCUAAUAGUGUUAUUUCGAUUUGCACGACGUCGACAUGCGUGUGAAUAAUGAGAGAAUAGCGAGUUUAUUGUAUAAUUAUAUAUUAGGUAACGUGUAAACAUUUAUAUCUUUGUUAUUAUGUUAUUGCUAUUUCCACUAGUGAUUGUUUAUGCAAAGCAUAGACGUAAUAAAUAUUAUAAUAAAAAGUAGAUACCAGAUA